AUAAAAGCCUGGCGACUGCGAGGUCGUCUUUGAGUGUUUUCGUCGUAAUCGCCACUCUCUCCCCGCGGUAUCGAAUUGUUUCCCCACACGCUUCGUUCCGAAUACGCAGAUCUCCCCAGCGACCCCCUUCCCCCGCAAUCCCGGGUCCGCGAACUAUACAUACCAAGAUGAGCUCCUACUACAUGGGCGUGGACGUGGGCACCGGCAGUGCGCGCGUGUGCAUCACCUCAUCGGCCGGCGAAAUCCUGGUCGUGGAGUCGAAAGACAUCCGCACCUGGAACGAAAAAGCCGACUACUACGAACAAAGCACGGACGACAUCUGGGCGGCGAUCUGCCAGUGCAGCAAGGCGGCGCUGGCGAAGGCGGAUAUUGACCCGGAGCUGGUGAAGGGCAUUGGCUUCGAUGCCACGUGCUCGCUGGUUGUGCUCGAUGAGGAGACUAACGAGCCGAUUUCGGUGGCGGGGCCGGAGUUUAAGGAGACCGAGAGGAAUGUUAUUCUUUGGAUGGACCACCGUCCCAAAGAAGAAACGAAAACUAUCAACAACACAGGCCACAACCUGCUCAAGUACUUCGGGGGGCAGAUGUCGAUCGAGAUGGAGACGCCGAAGGUGCUAUGGCUGAAGAACAACAUGCCUUCGGAGCUCUUCGCGCGCUGCAAAUUCUACGAUCUCCCGGACGCACUGACGCACAUCGCCACGGGCCGGGAGACGCGGAGCUUCUGCUCCACCGUGUGCAAACAGGGCUACGUGCCCGUCGGUGUCGACGGCAGCGUGAAAGGGUGGCAGGAAGAUUUCUUGAAGGAAAUAGGCCUUGAGGUGCUGGCAAAGGAUAAUUAUAAGAAGAUGGGCGGUGUUAACGGCGAGAACGGCCUGUGGGCCUCCGCCGGCGAAGUCGUUGGCGGCCUCUGCGAGAAGUCGGCGAAGGAACUUGGACUGCAACCCGGCGUCAAGAUCGGCAGCGGAGUGAUCGACGCCUAUGCGGGCUGGGUCGGUAGCGUGGGUGCGAAGGUCGACAUCUCUGAUAAGGCCCUCGAAGCCGGGUACGCAAAGAACUCGGUGGAGCAGGCGUUCCACCGGCUCGCGGUUGUCGCGGGCACGAGUACUUGCCAUCUCGUCAUGUCCAAAGACCCCGUAUUUGCGCCAGGAAUCUGGGGGCCGUAUAGGGAUGUGCUGCUAGAGGGGAGGUGGCUGGCUGAGGGCGGACAAAGCACCACCGGCGCACUCCUGCACAAUGUCCUGACGACGCACCCGUCGUACAGCUCCGCCCUCGCACAGGCCAAAUCCGCGCCCACCAACAUCUUCGACUUCCUGAACAGCCACCUCUCUGCGCUGCGCACCUCGCAGAAAGCGCCCCACAUCGGCCACCUCGCGCGGCACCUAUUCUUCUACGGCGACAAGCACGGCAACCGGAGCCCAAUCGCAGACCCGAAUAUGAGAGGGUCAAUCGUUGGGCUGAGCAUGGACUCUUCCGUCGACGACCUCGCGCUGCAGUACUACGCCGCGAUGGAAUUCAUCGCGCAGCAGACGCGGCACAUCAUCGACGUGCUCAACAAGAGCGGCCACAGCGUCACCAGCAUCUUCAUGAGCGGCGGCCAGUGCAAGAACCCGCUGUUAAUGGAGCUGAUCGCUGACGCUACGGGAUUGCCCGUCGCUAUUCCAAAGUAUAUCCAGGACGCUGUCGUGCUCGGCGCUGCCAUGCUCGGCGCGAAGGCCGCAAGCGUGAAUGAGAAGGGGGAGACGGAGGAUCUGUGGAGUAUUAUGGACCGGAUGAGCCAGAGUGGUACUGUGGCAUAUCCCACGACCGAUGCGAACGUCAAGAAGUUGCUGGAGGCGAAAUAUGAGGUUUACAUGCGGAUGGCUCGGGCACAGCAGGAGUACCGGGAUAUCGUUGAUGGGGCCAUCAGCGGGUGGAACUGAGUGAAUGAGUGCUGUGCAUGUAUCUAGAUUCUAGACUACUGUGGUAUGAAAUGGAACCUAAUCCCUCGGCAUCACUCGGAUAGGUCAUAAUAAUACACAAAUUGCAUUUAGACCUA